AUGGGGCCUGUUGUAUUUGCCUGCUCAUGUAUUCAUAAUAGUCCUCCUCAAUCUUCUUCCGUAUUUCCUUGCGCCACGCAGUCUACUUAUGUUCCAGUUACCUAUCAACCUUCGUUCUGGUGCUUCUGGAAAAUGGCUGCCUCGUUGCAGGGCUGGCGCGUUGCCGUCUUUGGCAUUGCUGCUCGGCUGGAUGACCGGAUGGUGGAUUUGAUCGUGGCGUCGAGGCCUGAGCUGGUAUCUCUUCUGAGGUUCAGCUCUGAAAACGUGUCUACGAAGUUUCAAGGUGGUUUCUGA